AUGUCCCUCAACCACAUCGACCCCGCCCUCCAUCCCACCCUCGACUCCAUGGCCAACCCAGAGCACCACGACCACCCGCCCCAGGAUGAUGCCCCCGGCAUGAACCCCCUCAACGAAUUCGCACAACAGGUCCUCGGCCGCGAGGCUGAUGCCGAGAACCUCCUCGACUUUGGCCGCGGCCACUCUAUCCUCGGCGAAGAGCAGAGCUUUAACGAUAUCCUCCAGGCAGAGGGGAGGAGACGAGACGGGGAAGACGAUCCGUCCAGACCAUCGCACCCUUCGCACCCGCAAGCGCACCAUCACCAUGCGGAGGAAGAUCAGCUCGAGGGGGGCAAUUUUGAGCCUGAGAAUUCCCUUGAUCAGCAGUUGACGUCUGAAGAGCUGGCCAGAGGCGGGGCACGGCAGAUGAGGCCAAAGAGAAGAAGACUGGAUGAGGUGGGGGAGGACGGCCAGCCGCUUGACCCGCAGACAUACGCAAAGAACAAGAAGGACAAUCACCGUGAAGUCGAGUCUCGCCGGCGGCAAAAUAUAACAGACGGCAUCAAUGAGCUAUCUCAACUUUUACCACCCGGCGCCCCGAAAGAAGGCAAGGGCCAAACCCUCAAACGCGCAGUGUCAUAUAUCCAGGAUAUGCAGGCGAGAAUGGGCAUCCCCCCCGGAUCCCAUGUGCCGGCUUCGUCAUCAGGGGAUGUACCGACGCUCAAUCAAGCGCAGAAUGGAAUGGACGGGCAGGAUGGGUUGGGAGGUAUUGGUGGAGGACAUCUGGGAGGUGAAGAACAGAUCUCGGGGCAGCUGAGGCUCAAAAUAUCCCAUUUGGAGACUCGCUUGGCCGAAGAGCAGCACCGCGCUUCCGAGGCGGAACUAAGUGUGCGCGCGGCCGAAGACCGAUUAGCAGCGACAACGUUCGAGUUGCAUAGGAUGGCCGAUGAGAGGGACCAGUUGAAAGCAGAGCUGGAACGAGUGAAGAAGGAGCUUGCAAGUUUGGAAUAG